AGGUGAGCCAUGCAAGGGUGUGGCCCACAAAAAAAUUCUUCUUCUUUCCACUCUGUCCUGUCUGCUCCUCUCACAAAGAAGACGGUAGAACUCCUGAACAGAGGACGCUCACAUUUGGAUUUUCCUCUUUGACAAACCGUCUGAACUUUGAUCCAGGAGCCAUGGGGGCACUGCAGUGUAUCAAAUACUUGGUGUUUGUGUUCAACUUUCUCUUCUGGCUGGCAGGUACUGGGGUGCUCGCUGUGGGCCUGUGGCUGCGUUUUGACUCCAGGACAGCAGGACUGUUUGAAGGACAGGACUCACCUACAGUCUUCUUCACUGGUGUGUACAUCCUGAUUGCAGCAGGGGCUCUGAUGAUGGUUGUUGGCUUCCUGGGAUGCUGCGGAGCCAUUAAAGAGUCGCCGUGCAUGCUGGGAUUGUUCUUCCUCUUCCUGCUCCUCAUCUUCGCUGUGGAGGUGGCUGCUGGGAUCUGGGGUCUCUCCAACAAGGACAGGGUGGUGGAGGACGUCACAGAGUUCUACAAGCAGACCUACGACAACUACAAAAACACCAGACAGGAAGCACUGAAGGAGACGCUGCGUCUCAUCCACUUUGGAUUGGACUGCUGCGGCCCCACAGGGACAGUGAUCGAUGCUGCCAAAGAAAUCUGCCCCAAGAAGGAGGGACUGGAGGUCCUCAUCACCACGAGCUGUCCAGCUGCCAUCGAUGAGGUGUUCAACAACAAACUGCACAUCAUCGGCGGGGUCGGCAUCGGUAUCGGUGUCAUCAUGAUCUUCGGGAUGAUCUUCAGCAUGAUGCUCUGCUGUGCCAUUAAGAGGUCCAGGGACUUUGUCUAAACACCACACAACACAGACAGCCUCCAUCUUUAACUUAUGUGUCCUCACUUUCACCACCGCUGCUUUAGAGUUCAUGUAAUAAUCAUAACAGUCUUAGUUUACCGCCUGGAUCCAUGCAGGAUGACCUCACAGUGAGAGUAUGGAGCCUGAGCAGUGACCCACUCUGGGUACAAAUGUAAUCUCCCCACAAAGUAAAGUGAACAAAGGUUUUAUUCUGGUGCACAGUCUGUUGAAUUUAUACUUCUCAUCUCAACACAGAGCAGGUCUGCAGGAGAAAAGAGACCUGAAAGACUCUGCUGCCCUCUGGAGGACACAACCGUUAACUCGUCACUGUUGGAUAACACUCGGUUCAGUUCAUGUAAAACAUGUUAAAGUUCGCCUGUGGUUGGUUUGUAAUCUAACAGGCUUUUUGCAACUAACUGAAUUUUACUGCACGACAUGUUUGUUUUGUUUGUUUUAAUUUGUGCGCGUUCCUGAAGUUUAUGUGUUUUUGAUUUUUAUAAAAGCAGAACUGUGGAGUUUUAUGCAAAUAUUUUGAUGAAUGCAGUUCAGAUAUAUCUUUAAAAUGCCAAAUAAACGAACUAAUAAACACUGAUUGGUGUUAAACAGA